AUGAAUCAAGCAGCACGCGCCUUGAGUGAAAUAUCACAAAGCAUUAACUCCAACAAGAAACUUCCUCCUUUGGAUCCCUAUGAAGGUCUAGAUGCACCUCCACAACUCGAGUACAAAGAUCAGAUCUCCUGGAUUGCUAGCCACGCAAAUAAUUACGCUCCUUCUGCCAUAGUUCUCUCCCAAGCAAAGUCAAGCUCAUGGCAACAAAUGCUCGCGAGUCUCGAGGCAAUCAAUAGAAUCCGUCAUCCAAAUGUUGGAGAGGCAUAUAUCAAGUGGAGAAGUCAAGACAUGCUUGUCAAGCGUCUCUGGGAGGAUGUGAAAUUCCCUGGCGUAGAUCCAGAUCCGGUCUAUACACAAAUCCGAAGAAAGUACUGCACCGCUGUCAGAAAAUUAAUCAAUGAAAAGGCAGAACAAGAAGAGGAUGAUACUAGUGCUCUUAUCUUUCUCAAUGAAACUUACAGCAAGAAACUCAUGUUAGCACGCAGAUUAGAGGUUAGUACUGAGAGCUUCUCUGACCGUAUUCGCGCUAUCAAGGCUAAGAAGGCGAAGGAGGCUGAAGAAGCCGAGAAGAGAAUCAAAGAGAUCGAGGCAGAAGAAGAGAGAGAAGAGAUGAUGGAGCAUGGUGGAGACGAGGAAUUUGUGGUUUUGGAGAUGGAAGAUGCGGAUGAUGAGGAUUACGAAUGGGAGGGUGAUGAUUGGGAUAUGUCGUGA